GGGGGGGGGGGAUAAUGACGAAAGGCACUUGACUUAUCCUGGUUCGAAAAACUAACACGUGUUUGGGUCAGGAGGGAAAAAAAGGCAAAACUCUCUCCCAUAUGAUCAGUUCAGUGUGUGUGUCCUCUUUCCGCGGGCGAAAGUCAGGGAGCAAACCUCCUUCCAAGCCAUGUUUGAAAGGAGAUAUGGGGAGAAACGAGGAGAACGAUAAAAUAGUGAUCAAUGUCGGUGGCAUUAAACAUGAGACUUACAGGAGCACCCUCAAGACUUUGCCUGGGACAAGACUAUCCUGGUUAACAGAGCCGGACGCCUUCAGUAAUUUUGACUACGAUCCGAAAACCGACGAAUUCUUCUUCGACCGUCACCCGUCCGUCUUUGCCUAUGUUCUGAACUAUUACAGGACGGGCAAGUUGCACUGCCCGGCGGAUGUAUGCGGACCCCUGUUCGAGGAAGAGCUGGCCUUUUGGGGCAUCGACGAGACGGACGUGGAGGCAUGUUGCUGGAUGAAUUACAGGCAGCACCGGGACGCAGAAGAGGCGCUGGACAGCUUCGAGGCUCCGGAGCCAGAGGACGAGGAGGAGGGAGAUCUCAAAAGACUUUGCCUGCAGGAGGACUCGGGCAGGAAGCUGGGCUGGUGGAAGAAACUGCAGCCCAAAGUCUGGGCUCUGUUUGAGGACCCCUACUCGUCUAAAGCUGCCCGGUACGUGGCAUUUGCCUCGCUCUUCUUCAUCUUGAUAUCCAUCACCACCUUUUGCCUUGAGACCCACGAAGCGUUCAAUCACCUGGUGAACAGGACGCACACGGUGGUGAGGGGCAAUGUCACCAUGGUGGUGGAGGACGUGGGCAUCGAGACGGAGGCCUUCCUCACCUACGUGGAGGGAAUGUGUGUCAUCUGGUUCACCUUCGAGUUCCUCAUGCGAAUCCUCUUCUGCCCCAACAAGAAGGAGUUCAUCAAGUGCUCCCUCAACAUCAUUGACUUUGUGGCCAUCCUGCCCUUCUACCUGGAGGUCGGGCUGAGCGGCCUCUCGUCCAAGGCGGCCAAGGACGUGCUGGGGUUCCUGCGGGUGGUGCGUUUCGUCCGGAUCCUCCGCAUCUUCAAGCUGACCCGCCACUUCAUCGGGCUCCGUGUCCUGGGACACACGCUGAGGGCCAGCACCAACGAGUUCCUGCUGCUCAUCAUCUUCUUGGCCUUGGGCGUCCUCAUCUUCGCCACCAUGAUCUACUACGCCGAGCGCAUUGGCGCCGACCCGGAGGACAUCACCGGCAGCAAGCACACCAGCUUCAAGAACAUCCCCAUCGGGUUCUGGUGGGCGGUGGUGACCAUGACCACCUUGGGCUACGGGGACAUGUACCCCAUGACCUGGUCCGGGAUGCUGGUGGGGGCCCUGUGCGCUUUGGCCGGCGUGCUGACCAUCGCCAUGCCCGUGCCCGUCAUCGUCAACAACUUUGGCAUGUACUACUCUUUGGCCAUGGCCAAGCAAAAGUUACCAAAGAAGAAGAACAAGCACAUCCCUCGCGCCCCGCAGCCGGGCUCGCCCAACUACUGCAAGCCCGACAGCAAAUCCCCGCAGAGGAGCGGCCAAGGUGACUCCUGCCCUCUCGCCCAAGAGGAGAUCAUCGAAAUCAACCGGGCAGAUCCCAAGCAGAACGGGGAUGCGGCCAACGCGGCUCUGGCCAACGAGGACUGCCCCACCAUUGACCAGGCGCUGUCUCCGGAGGACAACCAGGCGGUGACGCCGGGCGGGAGGGAGAGGUACGCCCGCGACAGAGCCUGCUUCCUGCUGACCACCGGAGACUUUGAGCACUCUCCCGACGGAAGUAUCCGCAAAGGUUACGAAAAGUCGAGGAGCCUGAACAACAUUUCGGGCAUGAGUGGGAAUGCGCUGAGAUUGUCUCCAGUCACAUCGCCAUACAACUCACCCUGCCCUCUCCGCCGACCCCACUCACCCAUUCCAUCCAUCUUGUAGCAUGGACAAAAAAGAGUGGGAAAUAUUUUUUUAGGGAAAUAUAUAUAUAUAAAUAUAUAUAUAUGUGUGUGUAUGCAUCUCUAUCUAUAUGGGUAUAUAUAGAUAUAUAUAUAUCUUUAGGACAAUGAAAAGCAUUUACAAAGAAUUUAAAACAAUGGGACCCAUUGUUUGGACUAAAGGUUGCACAUACCAAAUGACUGAUGAAGCAUCUUCUAACUGAUGGAAAAAUAAACUGGUUACAUUUGUGCCAAGACAUUGGCUUAUUCGAGGAACUGACCCUCAGCCCGAUCCCUCAUACCACCAAAAUGGACAGCACGGUGGAAUUUCUCUCUAUUUUUAAUGUAAAGGACAUUUCGGUACCAACUUCCUUGGCCUCUCCCUCUCCCCCCCCCACCCCACCCAGCCCGUCUCACUGCAACCUUCACGGGACUGAGACAGCGAGAAGCAAGGUUGACUUAUAUACGCAGAGGGAUGAGACUUUAGGCAGGUUUACCCACAGCGCUAUGUGACUCCAGAUCAGGGAUACACUCAGGGUGAAUGAAAUGUGCGUACGCACACAUACAUACACACACACACACAGAUAGACUCACACACACA